UGCAUACAUGGGAAGGGAUGAGAUUUAAGCGGUUCAGCGGGCCAAUCAUGUUGCAACAAACUCAAAGCCACGCCCGCGCGGUACUUUUCUGCUGGUCAUAUUAGCUGUUUUAUUAUCUUUCUUCAUUGUAAGCGCAGCUGGUGGUUUCAUUCUUACCUUAACCCGAGCUAAAACUUUAACAUUGUGUUUCUUAUUCACUAUUUAACGUGCUAAUAACAGGGUAAGAUAAAUAGCUCGGUUGAUAGUUUGCUAACUUAGGAAAGCCACUUAUCUUGCAGGGAACAUUGCACUAGCUGGAAUAACAAACCUUAGCACUGGCUAGCCAACUUGGGAAACGAAGACAGUUUUAAGUAACUAAAAGCUUGAACAAAACAAUCAGUCAGUAGUUAUUUUAAGUUUAUGCCUGUUCUAUUGCAUCAACUUCACGUUAGUCAGUCAACAACGAGCAAGCCACGUUUCAAACGAGAAUGGCAACAGCUUAUCACGAAAGACGCGUUCUGGUGGAAAUUCCUGCUCCACAGCCGAAAAUCGCGGGUCACAUGCGGCGAUCGUACUUGGACGUGUUGAACUCGCUUGUGCAAUCGUCGCCCUACACUUCCAGAGCUCAGUCCUCAAAAACACAACGCGACCGACCAAGAGUGGGCUGCCUCGGGGGGCAGCGGGUCGCCGGGUGCGGGGGCCAGGGUGAGGACCUGCGGGGCCCCCAGAUCUCCCUCUGCCAGCAGGACCUGGUGCAGCUGAUCAGCUCUCUUUUCCUGCUGGAGCAGGAGAAGAAGCGCGCGCUACGCUGUUCGGACCUGAAGCUCCUGCAGGUGGACCUGCAGCUGCGGAAGGCCAGGGUGCACAGAUCUAUCCCGUACUCCCGCCUGGGCUCCAACAGGGACGCGCGCUGCUACAGGAAGGCCUACCCGCACCUCCUGGCUUUUAAGAGCGCAUGUCAGGAGGGAGGCCGGCUCCUGCUGCAGAGCCAGCAGUGGGAGGAGGCGCUAGAGCACACCCUGGUGGCCUGGAGGUAUACCAGCGAGCUGCCGCAGUGGGACACGGCCAGUCACAACGCGGUAAAGGAGCAGUGCUACGGCGUUCUGGCCGCCAACUGCGCCACCGCCCUCCAACGCGCGCCUCCGGGAGCCGACAAGGCCGGGGAGCUCCUGAGGAGGCUGAAGGCUGCUCAGGCUCACAGCCCCCUCAUCGCUCCGUGUGUCCAGGAGUUGGAGAGGAUUCUGGAAGAUUCUGCGGCUCGUUUGGGCCACCCUGCGCUCAGGGACGAUCAGUGCUAGCGCACACUGAGGACACUCAGCCCCCCCCCCCCCCCCCCCCCCCCCCGCUGACCCGGGGGGCGUCGGUGGCAGGGGGGUCGUCACUGUGGACCAUAACCUGGGCAAAGCGAACCCCCUCUGACCUCACCAGCAUUUCAGCGAACCCAAAGACUGAAGCCCGGCCCGGCCCGGCCCGGUCCUGCUCCAGGGUCUGGCCUCCGUGCCAGUGGUCCAGAAUGAGCAAACGUGUUUCCUGUGACGCACACAGUGACAUCUUUAAAUGUUAGAACUGAGAAAUUCAGAUGUUCAGAAGGUCCCACAGCCCCCCCCCCCCCACACCUCCACCUUCCACACAUAGUUUGGGAGGUCCUCCUCCAUGAGUCUGACCACUGUCCUGCAAACACAGGGUCGAUUCUUAAAGCUACAGGCUGUGUAACUGAGGGGCUUAAGGUAUUCUAAAGUGGGGGUCGCUCAGAAGAGUGGCCAUUGCUUUCCAGGGCCCCUCUGUUUACCUUUUACCUUCUAAAAGCACCUUGGUGCUGGUGUUCAUUCCUAAGUUUCCUGGAGCCGUUUAGGUGUUUGAGCAUAAGCUACGUCAGCCCAGCUCUACUCCAGGUCCUGCAGGCCGCAGUGUCUGCAGGUGUCUGCUCCAGCCGUACGCUACUCUACACCACCUGAUUUCACCAGUGAGCUUACUUCCUGAACUAAGUAGGUAAAAAAAUUGCAUACUACGUACUGCAUAUACUAUCAUUCAGCGCGUUUAGUGUGUGAGUAAAAGGUAGAUUGACUUUUUGGACAUACUACAUCGUCAUGGAAAAGCUCCACUUCCUUUCGGCACGUUGUACGUUGAUGAUGGUGUGAGACAGGUGUGCAGUGUUUUGCACAACAACACACUAUGCCAUUAUUGGUUGAUGUCUGGUUGCUUGGGUCGUGAACUAUCGCAGUGCAUUGUGGGAUACCCAUGCCAACAUUGUGCACAGUGUUCGCAUGCUACGAUAUUUCAUUGAAUGUAGUUCGACAUCCUGGGGUUUUUUCGCAUAUUUCAUUCAUACUGUUGUUUCGGACAUGUUAAAAAUUAUACAUAGUAUGUAGUACAUAGUAUGUAGUACAUAGUAUGCGAUUUCAGGCGCAGCCCUUGUGUAGUGCAUGGUUGGAGCAAAGUAGCCCUGAUUGAGGUCAAGUGCUGUUCAUGUCCCAGACAUGCUUUUUGCAUACAUGCUGUUUGUUCCCAACGCACACUUCCGUGCUGCAAGUCUGGCUUAUGAGUUAUGACACAUACUCUUAACUUAAAAGUAUUUUCAUUUUUAAACAUACAUUUAAAUAACUAAGUAAAUGACAAAAUGCAUUACUGUUUGAAGGGAUAAAACGCAAAGCAUUCACGUGCAAGAAGGUGAUUUUUAUGCUUUUAGUUGAGUGUAAUGUAGUAUUUAUUCAGAAUUUGUUAAAGGGAAAUGUGAAAUGGGUGAAUGUGAAGCGCUUCUUUUGCUUGUAAUGACCGUUUGGGUUGUGCUUUAAACAGUACAUGUCUGGGCUUUAAAGGAUUUUGAGAUUUUUCUUGGGUCAAACCUGUUUUUAGACCUACAGUGUGUUCUUGAAUGUAAAUAUGUGAGUGAAAAUUUGUAUUUGUCUUUGUCACUGCUUUUUGUUGCACAUUUCUGUUUCUACCCUG